AUGUUCGGCCCGACUCGAGGCGGCACGCGGGGCGGCGCAGCAGAGUUCAGCUGGGACAAUGUGCGCGCAGACAAGGACCGCGAGAACUACCUCGGACACUCGGUCGCCGUGCCCACGGGCCGCUGGCAGAACGGGCGCGACGUCAACUGGUACAACAAGGAGGGCGGCGUCGAGGAGCAGGAGCGCGAGCGCGAGAAGCGCCGCGAGGAGCUCAGAGAGGUCAAGAUGCGCGAGGAGGAGGAGAUGAACCGCCGCACAGGCGCCAACACCGCACCGCUCGCCAACUCGAGAUGGGGCGGGCCGUCAUCCGCAGCGGAGGGCAGCAGCAGUCGAGGGCCGGCAGAAGACAACGGUCUCUCGCACGAGGACCGCAAGCUCGCGCGCAAGCUCGCCAAAGAGCAGGUCCGCGAGCAGCGCCAUGCUGAGAAGGUCCGCGUCCGCGCCGAGCGCGCUGAACGCCGCCGCGAGCGCGACGAGCGCGAGGGCAAGGUGCGUCGCGGGGACCAGGGUGGGCGGGAAGGAUCACGCGGCGCUCGCGGCCGCAGCAGAAGCCGGAGCCGGAGCCCAGACGACCGCUACGCUCGUCGGUCGACCGAGAGGCGCAGAGACGAGCGCGGCGCUGUGCGCGAGCGGGACGAGCCGCGGCGAUCCAGCGCGCGCGACGACGAUGACCGUCGGCCCUCUGCUCGCCCAUACGAGCCGGCAGCGCGGAGCCGCAGCCCGCACGCGCGUGACGCUGCCGGAGACGCCUAUCGCUCCCGCCAUCGCGAGCGAGACUAG